GCGUCGUACGUCAUUGAGAGCGAAAACAACAACAACAAGAGGGCUGAUGUCGCUGUUUAACAAAGCGUCUUUAAAGCUUCACGGAAACCUUUGUUUUGCCCCGAUGUAAUUGGUAUUUUUUAUGGUGGAGUGGGAGCAGGACCACGUACAGACAGACAGACAGACAGAUUACUGGACAGUAGCCAUGGCUCAGCAGCGCGGGGUCAACAGCCUGCAGUUCAACCAGGACCAGAGCUGUUUCUGCUGUGCGAUGGAGACAGGAGUAAGGAUCUACAACGUGGAGCCUCUAAUGGAGAAAGGCCAUCUGGAUCAUGAGCAGGUGGGGAGUGUAGCCCACUGCUCCAUGCUGCACCGCUCUAACCUACUUGCUGUUGUGGGAGGAGGCGUCAACCCAAAAUUCUCUGAGAUCUCAGUGCUCAUCUGGGACGAUGCUCGGGAGUCCCGUGACGCCAAGGACAAGCUGGUUCUCGAGUUCACCUUCACCAAGCCGGUGCUGGCUGUCCGCAUGCGGCAUGACAAGAUCAUCAUUGUCCUAAAGAACCGGAUCUACGUGUACAGUUUCCCUGACAACCCUGUGAAGCUUUUUGAAUUUGACACACGCGACAACCCUAAAGGCCUGUGUGACCUGUGCCCCAGCCUCGAGAAGCAGCUGCUCCUCUUUCCCGGACACAAGUGCGGCAGCCUGCAGCUUGUGGAUCUGUCUAACACUAAACCAGGCACGUCCUCGGCACCCUUCACCAUCAACGCUCACCAGAGUGAGAUUGCUUGUCUGGCGCUGAACCAGCCUGGCAGCGUGGCGGCCUCUGCCUCCCGCAAGGGCACCCUCAUCCGGCUGUUUGACACCACCACCCGCGACAAGCUUGUGGAGCUGCGUAGGGGCACGGACCCAGCAACCCUCUACUGCAUCAACUUCAGCCAUGAUUCAUCCUUCCUCUGCGCCUCCAGCGACAAGGGCACUGUGCACAUAUUCGCUCUGAAGGACACUAAACUGAACCGGCGCUCCGCGUUGGCACGGGUAGGGAAGGUGGGCCCCGUGAUCGGCCAAUACGUGGACAGCCAGUGGUCCUUGGCCAGCUUCACUGUGCCAGCUGAGUGCGCCUGCAUCUGUGCUUUUGGGAAGAACACCUCUAAGAACGUCAACUCUGUCAUAGCCAUCUGUGUGGAUGGUACAUUCCACAAGUACGUGUUCACUCCAGAUGGGAACUGCAACCGCGAAGCUUUCGACGUCUACCUGGAUAUUUGUGAUGAUGAUGACUUUUGAGGAUGACUUUUGUACACAAAAGAUCUCAAAAGAAAGUCUUCACUGAAGUUGGAUGGGGGGCUUAGCCAAGACUGGGACAUAUGCAAUGCAAUACAGAUGGCAAGAAUGGAAAGAUGAGAGAAUGGACGUGAGAUGCCUGCAUGACUGUGA